AUGGGGUUUGAUCGGUAUUCAUCCAUUCCUUUGGUAGGAUGUGUGCUAUCUUUGAUCGCGGGAUGUCAAGCGUCUUCUUCGGCUCUUGUGAUUCCGCCCAGCCAGUAUUUUGAGGGUAAUGACGGACCAUGGAGUAGCUUCAACGUUCGAGUUGGCAGCCCAGAACAGGAUGCUCGAGUCCUUAUCUCUACAGCCUCCCCGGAGACUUUGGUUGUCCUGUCGCAAUAUGGCUGCUCGGAGGCAGUGAUGGAAAAAGUCCCAUCAGAUUGCGCUGUUUCGAGAGGUAUCAUGUUCACCCCGAACGAAUCAUCGACAUGGUAUCAAUUAGGGAAGUUUGGAAUUAACGGCGGAGGAGUCGGCCUCGAAGCCAACCUUGGAUAUGUACAGCCAGCUCUAUUUGGCCUGGAUACCCUUGGAAUUGGUCUUGUCGACGGAUCUGGAGGACAUACGCUCAAGAAUCAGACAAUCGGCGGUAUUGGUACGGCGUAUCCCUUCUAUCUAGGAACUUUCGGUAUCAACACGCAGCCAUUGAACUUUUCCUCAUUGGGAAACUUCUCUGCUCCUUCAUACGUCACAUCAUUGAAGGAGAAGAAUGUUAUUCCCAGCCUAAGUUGGAGUUACACCGCUGGAGCUAUAUACCGGCUGAAGAAAGUUUAUGGUCAACUAAUCUUCUCCGGCUAUGACACGUCUCGAUUCACCGACAAUGCGGCCACUUUCACAAUGGCGGACGAUAUCACGCGCGACCUGGUCGUGGCCCUUCAAGCCAUAACUUAUAGCGGAGAGAACAAAGAGUCUCUCUUGUCCUCGCCGAUUAACAUCUACAUCGACUCCACGGAUCCCAACAUUUGGCUCCCAGACGAUGCCGUAGAUGCCUUUGAGUCUGCCUUUGGUCUCACGCUGGAUGACACCUCCGGUUUAUAUCUCGUCAAUGCAUCCCAUCAAUCUAUACUUCUCGAGUCAAACGCACAAGUAUCCUUCCGACUAUCUGAUGUUUUAGAUGGUGGUGACUCGGCUAUAAUUACUCUUCCCUAUAAUGCGUUUAACCUCCAAGCGGAAUAUCCAUUGGUGGAGAAUUCGAGCUAUUACUUCCCCCUCAAGCGUGCCGCGAAUGAGUCGCAAUACACACUGGGCAGGACGUUCCUCCAAGAAGCAUAUCUCACAGCCGAUUAUGAGCGUCGGGUUUUCAAUGUCUCGCAGUGCACUUGGGAUGAGGGCGCGGAAGAGAACAUCGUUACUAUUUCUGCGAGAUCAGAUACCAACACAAACGAGGCUUCAUCUCCCGGAAGCAAAAUUCCAAAGCCGCCAUCUUCCGAUAACGCUGAUGACUCCGAUGACUCUUCUCUCGGCGCCGGUGUCAUCGCCGGCAUCGUAAUCGGUGCAGUGGUUGGUGUUGCAUUGAUCGCCUUGGCCGUGUUCUUCUUCCUUCGCCGGCGCAAGCAGGAUCCCAGCAAUGAAGGCGAACAAAGCAUUCUUCCGUCGCCCGGGGCUCAUAGUGUUUCAGAAUUUGAUUCUAAGCAGGCGGACGGGAAUUUGUUUGCCAUACCUCCAACAGAGCAUGGGGAACUCUCUGGGAAUGACACUCAGAUUUACCAACUACAUGCAGACUCCGGAAUGAGUGCAAUCAGGGGUCGACCUGAGAUUUAUGAGUUGCCAGGCAUGGGAAUACCACAGCCGGCUGAAUUGUCAGAGCGUGACACUGAAUCUCCGGCUGCAUCAGCAAUUUCUCUGGCGUCGCCCAUGUCUUUCCCGUCGCCUAGUAUAAGCCCCGAUGUAAGUCGUACUUCAACGCAACGGUUAUAG